AGCAUUUGUAAGUUGCUUUAAGCAGUGCCGACUCAUCGCUGAAAAGAUUUACCAAAACAUCUCUAUACCCUUAUUAAACCAUAUCCUUCAAAGUUUCCUUUGUCAGCUGACAACGUACCACUAAUUUUUUACCUUUCAACAUGAUUAUAACACUAAAAACCUUACAACAGCAGACGUUUACAGUAGAAAUUGAUCCAUCGCAAACGGUAAGGGAUUUGAAACAAAAGAUCGAAACUCAGAAAGGUUUUCCUGCUAAAUACCAGAAAUUAAUAUAUGCUGGAAAAAUAUUAACGGAUGAUCAUCCAUUAACAAAGUAUAAUAUAGAUGAAAAAAAAUUUAUAGUUGUUAUGGUAACAAAACUUAAAACUGGUAAUGGUCAUACAACAACUGAAGAAGAGCACGCAAGUGCGGAUACUAAAGAAGAAAGCAGUACAACCAGCUCAGCAGCACAACCUAGUUCAAAUCCUACUGCUCAGGGUGCAUCAAACCCUGCUAAUACUACUGUACAAGAGCAAUCUGCAGCAAGUACCACUACUGCAUGUGUUGGAGGUCAAGCUGAAAGUGCCUUGUUAAUGGGUGAAGAUUAUAAUACAAUGGUGAACAAUAUUGUGGAUAUGGGAUACGAACGUGAACAAGUUGAACAAGCGCUAAGAGCAAGUUUCAAUAAUCCUGAUAGGGCUGUUGAAUAUCUUUUAACGGGUAUACCAGCGCAGCUUUUCGAAGAUUUACCAGAAGAUCAACUUGAAGCACAGGAACAACUUCAAGACCAUGGCCAACUUCCGUUAGCAUUUUUACGGACACAGCCUCAAUUUCAACAAAUGCGUCAAGUCAUUCAACAAAAUCCUCAAUUAUUGAAUGCUGUACUACAACAAAUUGGUCAAACCAAUCCUGCAUUGUUACAGCUUAUUUCCCAAAAUCAAGAAGCAUUUAUACGCAUGCUUAAUGAGCCUGUAGUGGAAACAACUGGUAGUACUGGAGGAAGAACUACACCUGUAUCUGCAUCUACUGUUGCACCAGCAGCUGCUCCUGGUGGAAUAAGUGGAGGGCCUGGUGCAGGUAUGGAAAUAGGAACGGAGGUAGAAACUUCUAUAAUUCAGAUAACACCACAGGAUAAAGAAGCUAUUGAAAGGUUGAAGGCACUAGGAUUUCCGGAGCAUUUAGUUGUACAAGCAUAUUUUGCGUGUGAAAAGAAUGAAAACCUUGCUGCUAAUUUCUUGCUGUCACAAAAUCUUGAUGACUGAAGUAACACAUUUCAUUGAUUUCACAAUAAGGAGUUAAAGGACUGAUAUAGGGUGGGUAAUUACACAGGCGCCAUGUUAUGUUCAACUGGUCAUCUUUACUUUGUAUAUAAGUAUGCACACAUAUUUAUAUUAUUGUAUUAAUUCUCUAGAUAGGCAUCAAUCCUACAUUGAUAUAUUUGGCAAAUGAUAAAAUUCACCGAAACUG